CUCGACUACAUGCGCGUCUUCUGCUCGGAUCUAUCAUCAACAACGACUCAACUUGCGCGCAAUCAGCCGCGCAUCGCGGUCUCCAUGUUCGCGUUGGCAGAACAGUCCGCUCAGUGACCCCGCGCGCGUAUUCCGGGACGCCACUUACCAGUACGCCGCGUGCAAGAAGUAGUCAACAUAUCAUCCCAUCCUCCGCUCGCCCGAAAGUAGAGUGAGCUACCGCUAUAUCGUGGGCGCGGGAAUGAGAUGCGAAUCUACGCCAUCCACGUGCACAUCCAUGUGCGACGCCGUCUGUCUCACCAGGAAGCAGCUGACUUCACCUUAUGCGCGUCGACCAGCCAUCUCAGGACAUCACGGACAACCACGACGAUAUCGCCUGGUACCGGAACGUUGUCGGCUUCCGCUGCCGGGAGCCGACGUCGAAGUACACCCAGUAUCUCGAAAAGGAGGGAAGCUGCGGUAGCUCAAUCGAUCGAAGAAUCACAACAACUUUUACGCGCCUUCAAGCUCCUUGCAAGGAUAAGAAGCAACCACCGACCGUCCCUCGAUCUGUUCACACGAGGCAUAUUGUGCAUAUCACUACACCUGCGGUUGCCAAACUGCUCCGUUGUCGCACGUAUCGAAGCUUGUUUGAUUACAAGCGGACGGUAGUCUCCUUCGCCCGGACGCCUUCGCCUCGACUUGGGGUGCAUCUGAUGUCAAACGCCGACCCGCCUUCUGUCUCUCCGUCUCUCCUCACAUGUUGACUCGAGGUCGGUCGU